AUGUUGGGGAAAGCGGAGACCCUGGCGCCGCCGGCCGAGGACGAGCUGCUGCUGCUGGGCCUGGUGUCACCCGCCCCUUCGCCCUCGCUGCCGUCCAGCGCCGAGGAGGAGGAGGAGGAGGAAGAGGAGGAGGAAGAGGAGGAGGAGCUGCGGGCCGUCCCGCCGGUGCGGGCGGUGGAGGCGGCGGGCGGGCGGGGGCUGCGGCGAGCGGAGGGCAAGCGGCGGGCGGGCCGGUGCCGAGGAGCCCCCCGGACGGCGGAGACGGCUCAGCGGAUCAAGAGGAGCCGGCGGCUGAAAGCCAACAACCGGGAGCGGAACCGCAUGCACAACCUGAACGCGGCGCUGGACGCCCUCCGCGACGUGCUGCCCACCUUCCCCGAGGACGCCAAGCUCACCAAGAUCGAGACCCUCCGCUUCGCUCACAAUUACAUCUGGGCUCUCACCGAGACCUUGAGGCUGGCCGGGACGGGAAGGCUCGGCCCCGAAGCUGGGGGAGGAUCCGGGGGGGUCCCUCCCGUCGAGGGCAGCCCCUCGCCCGCCUCCUCCUGGAGCGGCGGCUCCGCCAGCCCCGCCGGGUCCGCCUCCCCCUACGCCUGCACUUUAUCCCCCGCCAGCCCCGCCGGGUCCGCCUCGGAACCCGAGCACUGGCCGGGACGCUUCGUCCCGCCGAACCCCCAGCCCCGCCGCUGCCUUUAG